AUGACGCUGAACGACUUCGAGGUCGGCCGGCCGCUCGGGAACGGCAAGUUCGGCCGCGUGUACCUCGCGCGGACGCGCAAGGACAAAUACAUCGUGGCGCUCAAGGUGCUGCGGAAGAGCCAGCUCGAGAAGAACGGCGUGGAGCACCAGCUGCGACGGGAGAUCGAGAUCCAGACGCACCUCGUGCACAAGAACAUCCUGCGCAUGUACGGCUACUUCUGGGACGAGAAGCGCAUCUACCUCAUCCUCGAGUUCGCGCCGGGCGGCGAGCUCUACAAGCGGCUGACGGCCAAGGGCCGCUUCAGCGAGCAGGAGACCGCGCGGUACAUCCUCGAGAUGUCGCGCGCGCUGUCGUACUGCCACCAGAAGCACGUCAUCCACCGGGACAUCAAGCCCGAGAACCUGCUCCUGGGCCUCAACGGCGAGCUCAAGAUCGCCGACUUCGGCUGGUCCGUGCACGCGCCGUCGCUCCGCCGCGAGACGUUCUGCGGCACGCUCGACUACCUGCCGCCGGAGAUGGUCGAGGUCAAGGGCUACGACGAGAAGGUCGACCUCUGGUCCCUCGGCGUGCUCUGCUACGAGUUCCUCGUCGGCGAGCCGCCCUUCGACGCGCCGGGCAAGAAGGCGACCUUCAAGCGCAUCUCGCGCGUCGACCUCCACUUCCCGGACUACGUCUCCGCGGGCGCGCGCGACCUCAUCACGCGCCUCCUCGUCAAGGACCCCAAGGAGCGCAUGCUGCUCGACGACGUCGCCAAGCACCCCUGGAUCGUCCGCAAGACGAACCCGGACCCGUGA